CGUCGGCUCACCGGAGUGAGCCGAGACAACCAUAAUGGUGGUGGCGGUUUGUCGUUUGAAGACGGUGGGGCGAUCAUUGUCAUUCCAUAUAGACUGAGCUAUGUAAAACAUAUUUUUGCUGGCCAUUACAUCUCGAUUCCAAAAGAUAUUGCAAGUUUUACACUUCAAUACUUGAUGGAUCAUGCAAGAGUUCUCCAAGCCUUUGUCUUGUUUUUAAUUGUUGAUAUAUUUUGUUAGAUACGCCAUGACGGAGACCUUUGAACUUGUU